CUGAUGAGGGAUGAGUCAGGCUGUAUGAUGCUCACGAUACUGCCAUUUCAUCAGCACAUUUUCACAAACAUCCCUAAUCAUGAUAUUGGCAAUAUGAAUUUACUAAGAAUGUAUGGGCAUUCCGAAACCAGCACGUCUUAAUGCAAACGGCCCAAGUCGGUUGCGUUCAGUCGUUCGGUCAGUUAGUGCACAUUCAAAGCGGGACUAGUUGCACGUUUAUCCUCAAAAACACUCGGGUGUGCUCGGAUGCCUUGCCUGGGAACGCCACGGUAUUGUACGCUUUCUGACUGAAAGGCUGCGACGAAUAUGGGGCUUGCCAUCCUCAGACACUGAGAAGCGUAACAAGAUCAAAUAAGAUAUGGAAGCUAUAUGGCUGUACCAGUUCCGGCUGAUUGUCAUUGGCGACUCGACGGUGGGGAAGUCUUGUUUGAUCAGGCGCUUCACAGAAGGACGUUUUGCACAGGUGUCUGAUCCUACUGUUGGCGUAGACUUCUUCUCCCGUCUGGUGGAGAUUGAACCAGGCAAACGCAUCAAGCUUCAGAUCUGGGACACGGCAGGCCAAGAGAGAUUUAGAUCUAUCACAAGGGCUUAUUAUCGUAAUUCAGUGGGUGGCCUUUUGCUUUUCGACAUCACCAACCGCCGCUCCUUCCAGAAUGUCCACGAGUGGCUGGAGGAAGCGCGCAGUCACGUGCAGCCGCACAGCAUUGUCUUCUUACUGGUGGGCCACAAGUGUGACCUGGAGCAGCAGAGGCAGGUGAGCCAGCAGGAGGCCGAGAAACUGGCAGCCGCUUACGGCAUGCGCUACGUGGAGACCUCGGCCCGUGACGCCAUCAACGUGGAGAGGGCCUUCACGGAGCUGACGCGCGACAUCUACGACCUGGUCAAAAGCGGCGAGAUCACCAUCCAGGAGGGCUGGGAGGGCGUCAAGAGCGGCUUCGUGCCCAACGUGGUGCACUCAUCCGAGGAGGUGACCAAGAGCGACCGCCGCUGCCUCUGUUGAUCAAGUGACUUCUGUAUCAUGCUCCUUCACUGCAAAACCAGUGCUGUCGUCCUCCCUUAGCUUGGCAACCCACAAAUACUCUCGCCUCCCCCCAACCCCCUCGAUCAAUGUUUCCUGCUUUCAUAGUUACUUCCAAUAAAGUUCCUAUUCUCUUUAAAAGCCGAUUCAAAUGAAUAUCAGCCAAUGAGAACUUCCUUGAGCUUUGGCUAAGUCUGGCAAGGAUGGAGAACCGAGUUGUGGGAACCGUUUAAGUAAAAAAAAAAAUACGUAAAUGCAGAAACACUGAUCCUUUGGAGCAAAGACUGAUCUGAAGUUUAAACCAAAAGUUCAGCUAGAAAUGAAGGAUCGUUUGAGAGCGUGUACAGGAGGACCGCACCAAUCCAAAUGUACCAUUGGAUUGAAUGGCCCCAAAUGCGUUCACUUAAGAUGCUCAUUAAUAAUCAUUUCCUGUCAUUUCUUUUUGAAUGAAAUGCUAGUUUCAGUCAGCAGGUAUGCAUUCAGUUGAUCAGAGCUGACAGUAAAGGCUUCGGUAUUACAGAAGUUGAAAUAUAUGUGACCUCGGACCACAAAACCAGUCACAAUGGUCAAUUUCCUAUCAGCUAAAUAAAUAAGAUUUCCGUUGAUUUGUGAUUCGUUAGGAUUGAGCGAUAUUUGCCUGAGAUACAACUAUUUGAAAAUCUGGAAUCUCAGGGUGCAAAAAAAAGCAUUUCAAGUUGUCCAAAUAAAGUUCUUAGCAAUACAUAUUAUUAAUCCAAAAUUGACUUUUAAUAUAUUUACUAAAUUCAAAAUAUCUUCAUCUAACAUGAUUUUUGGCAUAAAAGAAAAAUCACAAAUUUUGACCCAUACAGUGUAUUGUUUACCUAUUAUAAAUAUACCCCAGCUUCUUAAGAUUUGUGGUCCAGGGCCACGUAUGUGGUUCUUUCACCUUUAUAUUUAUCAAAGAAUCCUGAAAAAAAUAUUGCGGGUCCCUCAAUGAUAUUAAGCAGACUGUUUUUCCUUAAUUUUCAGAAACCAAAAUAACAUAUUAGAAUACUUUCCGAAGCACCAUGAGAUACUGAAGCAUGGAGUAAUGCUAUUACAGUAAUAAAGUAGAUUUUACUUUAAACUUUACUGUAUUUUUGAUCAAAUUAAUGCAGCCUUGGUGAGAAUAAUAAACUUAAUUAGAAAUAUUACCAACCCUAAUGCUUUAAACGUUGAUUAUUUAUAUAUUGGGACCUCUAGUUAAAAUAAUUCAACAGUAGGGGGUGAACUUCUGUUCCUUAAGGUCAAAAGUCAGCGCCUGAUGAGGAGAUGAUGACAAAUAUCUCCUGCAGAUGUCAUACUAAUAAUAUGGAAUAUGAGAAGUCAGUUUUUUCUUUAGGAUGCACCCUCAUGAUUGUUAAUUGAUCCAAUACAUGCUAAAUAAAGCGCAAGAGAUAUCAUAAACCUAGCAGAAAACACUUGAGUCCCCCUUUUUUCCUCAUUCAAAAUGUUCACGAUGUAACUAAAGAGCCUUUUCCAGAGACUUUACCAACAUACCUAUUUGUAAAGCACUGUUAAAUCACGUCCCGGAUUUUUCUGGUUUGGUUCUUAAUAAAGUUCACUCUUUCAUAACCGUUGCCCGUCACUUGAGGUCAGUAGCUGCUGAGAUGUACAUUUUUUGACUUACAGACUAAUACAAUGUCAUUUAGCCCGACCGAAAUGACUAUUAACUGUGUAUCUUUUGAUCUCGUGUGAGAGACGAGAUGAACUAUCAAUAAAAUGUGCGACACAACAUUUUGUGUCUGAAAAAUGA